AUGUUCUUCAGAAGCUUUCUGUUCUCUGUGCGUUUCUUCUUAAAAUCCCCCAAAAUAAACCUACCGAUCCCACUUAUAAAACACCAAACCCUAACCUCGUUUCAAUCGUACGAGGAAAAUCCAAGCUUUCCUCGACGAGAUUAUGAACCAUGUUCGAGAAAUCACAAAUUAUUUCCACUACAAAAACAGUGAAGCCGUAACAAAAUCACUAAAACUAACCCUCCUCGUCUUCUUAAUUUUCUCGAUCUCAUUCGUCGUUCUGUCCACUUUACUCGGCCCACCGUCUCGGUGGGCCGCCGCGUCUCCAGGGUGUCUUCUCAACACCCCGGAAACGACCUCCGAACCACCCGAUCCCUCCCCAUCAGUAACCGACCCGCCUACCGAAAUCUCACAUGUGUUGUUUGGUAUAGGCGGGUCGGUUCGCACGUGGAGGGAUCGGAAGCGGUACUCGGAGCUCUGGUGGCAACCGAACGUCACCCGCGGGUUUGUCUGGUUAGACGAAAACCCCGACCCGGAACUGUUCUCCCACCCGGGCUCGCUUCCGUACAAGGUCUCGGAAGACGUAACCCGGGUGAAAAAUGCCGGGUCCGGACCCGCGGUCCGAAUUGCGAGGAUUGUAUUGGAGUUGUUUAAACUUGGGUUACCGGAUGUGAGGUGGUUUGUGAUGGGUGAUGAUGAUACGGUGUUUUUUGUGGAGAAUUUGGUUUCGGUGUUGUCGAGGUAUGAUCAUCGGAAGAUGUACUACGUUGGUGGGUGUUCGGAGAGUGUUGAACAGAAUGUUAUGCACUCGUACGGUAUGGCAUUUGGCGGUGGUGGAUUCGCCGUGAGUUAUCCGUUGGCUGAACAGAUGGCUCGGAUUUUCGACACGUGUCUCGGUCGGUACAGUUACUUCUACGGUUCUGAUCAAAGGGUGUGGGCUUGUGUGACCGAACUUGGCGUUUCCUUAACGAAAGAACGUGGGUUCCACCAGUUGGAUGUUAGGGGAGAUGCUUAUGGUCUACUAGCAGCACACCCUUUGACACCACUGGUGUCAUUGCAUCACCUAGACUAUAUCAAACCAUUAUUACCGAACCGGACCAAGUACGAGUCGUUGAACACCCUCAUCCAAACCUACCGGCGUGACCCACCUCGAGCCAUGCAACAGUCGUUUUGCUUCUACAACACAUGGUGGCACAAAUGGUCCAUUUCGGUCUCAUGGGGUUACACGGUUCAGAUCUAUCGGUCUUUGUUGAUGCCUCAUGAGCUUCAAACGCCAUUGCAAACGUUCCUCACGUGGAGGAGCUGGAAAAAUGGGCCGUUCACGUUUAAUACACGGCCCUUGUCCACCAACCCGUGUGAAGUUCCAGCGACUUACUUCAUUAGCCGGGUUCAGGACAAGGGAAAUGACACCGUGACCACGUAUGUACGACAUGAUUCGGCCAAGAAAUGCAAGAAGGGCGAUUAUCCACACACAAUUGAGACGGUUGUGGUGUUGGCAUCAAAGAUGAACCCUAACUAUUGGAUUGAGGGGCCGAGGAGACAAUGUUGCGAGAUCAAGGGGUGGAAGUAUAAUAGUAUGGAAGUAAGAGUUAGGAGUUGUAAAGAUGGAGAGACUAUCACUAGUUAGAAUGUUAGUAGUCUUGGUGUUUAUAUGAGGUGUUCCUUUUUACCUUCCGGUUGUUGGAAUGGUUAUAUAUGCGGGUAUAAUGCAACCUUUGUUGCACAUAUAUUAUAUGCAAGUGUUUGCUUCCAAAAUGUUAUUUUUAAUUCGAGUUAAAUGUCA